AGCGCGGAGUUCCCUGCUCUUUUCUUUCCUCUCCAUCUGCUUCAUCAUUGUCAUGCUUCAGCCAUGAUCGUCCCCAAGUCACUCGCUUGGAUCUACCAAGAGUCGGGUAUUGCCUCUGUCUACACCACCGGUCGCGAUGCCUGGCUCCUCAUCCUGUCGCGGACGAUCCGCAUGUUCGCCUUUGGCGCCGUGUCGCUGACGAUAGCCCUCUUCUUCAGCGAACUCGGGUUCUCUGACUUCCGCAUCGGUCUCUUUCUGACGCUGACGCUUCUGGGUGACGUCGUGCUCGGGACGCUCAUUGCGCUCAUGGCGGACAACAUAGGCCGUCGUCGCGUGCUCCUUGUGGGUGGCAUCCUCAUGGCUGUCUCGGGACUUGUCUUUACGUACUUUGAGAACUUCUGGGUCCUCCUCAUCGCGGCCGUCGUCGGUGUCGUCAGCGCCAGCGGUAGUGACUUUGGCCCCUUUCGUGCGAUCGAGGAGUCGAUGCUGUCGCAUAUUACCACGCCCCAGACAAGGCCGUACGUCUUGUCGUGGUACAUCACGGGCUCAACGCUCGGUUCUGCUGCUGGCACACAGGCGGCGGGACAAUUUGUCGAGGCCUUUAAGAGCAAAGGCAUGGUGCAGAUCUAUCAUGCCACCUUUGGCAUCUAUGUCAUCACUGGGUUCAUGAACAUGGUAUUUGCGUUCCUCAUGAGCAGCAAGUGCGAGGCGGAGAAGAAGGAUUUGGUAUCAGAAGACGUGGAUGAGUUAGUCCAGGGGUUGCUCGGGGACUCGGACUCGGACGACGAAAGGGUAGGUCCAGACACAGCUGCAAACACAUCCCGGAUACCUGUCGCCCAACAAUCGUCGUCGUCGUCGAAAUGGACGUCCAAGUUUGCUCAAAUUUCGGCACCUACGCGCAACACCAUGUACAAACUGUGGUUUCUGCUCUGCAUCGACACCCUGGCGGACGGCAUGUGCAACCAGACCCUGACCAACUACUACCUGGAUCGCAAGUUUACGAUCGCCAAGACAACCCUUGGCAACAUUGUCUCGGCAGGCAUGAUAUUCGGAACCGUGGGAACUCUGUUCGCAGGGCCUUUGGCGCAUCAUCUCGGUCUGCUGAACACCAUGGUCUUUACCCAUUUGCCGUCCUCCAUCGCCGUCGCGCUGUUUCCUGUCCCUUCGAGUCUGGCCAUCACCAUCAUACUCUUGAUCGUCCGCAUGGGCUUGAACCCCAUGGACCAAGCACCGCGUUCAGCCUUCAUCGCUGCCGCCGUGAAGCCUGAGGAGCGGACCGCCGUCAUGGGCAUCACCAGUACGCUGCGGACUCUGGCGAUGGCGGUAGGGCCCUCCUUGACAGGCAUGCUGGCCGGAAGCAACAAGUUCUGGAUCGCUUUCGUGGUGGGCGGUUCCUUACGGAUCGUGUAUGAUCUGGGACUGUACGCAAUAUUCGUCAACAUCGAGCUGCACACCCACGAGGCGACCAAAGAUGUUGCGACGAGGGCAUCGCUGGACGACGAAGAAGAAGCUGUCGAAAUGCGACCCCAACCCAGGCGGGACGAGUGCCGAUAGGGGAAAUGACUCUGUUCAUGGCAAGCCUUGCAACUAGGACAGCGGAUCUAUCCGCUGAUGCGAUAUUUGAAUCGAAAUGAAGGGACAGUAUGGCAGGACUCGAUCGAGCACCAUUCAAUGAAGAUCGCGAUCAUCUUCAAUCUCCCACCGCCGCCUUCCCAUCUCGUGCCGACCCAGGUUUCCUUGCCGACUACAGGUCGCG